AUGGCUGGGGCGAGAAAGUUUUCGCACCUCGCAAGCGAACUACAGGCUAGUAUCUGUAAAAGUACCUUAAUACCCUUAAAGGUUGACGCAGUGGUUACCAUCUUGAAUGAUGAGGAGAAGAAGGAGUAUAUGAAGCUUAAUGAAAGAAUCAAGGAGAAAGAGGACGAAAUGUUAUCGAAGUUCAUGCCCGAGGAGGAAGAAGAGGAGGAAAAAAAUUAG